AUGAGUGAACGGAGUGCGUCGGGGCAAGAGGAUUCCGGCAGCAUGUGGGAUGAAGCACAGCCCCUGCUACUUGAGGAUCAGCACGCACAGAGAGUGUUCGAAAGGAUCCAACAAUUUCACGCCUUGUUUCAGAGCGGCGCACUCACCGAGGAGGAGUUCACUAAGGCGAAAGCACGUCUUAUUGGCUUGGACACUAUGCAUUCUAGCGGGGCAAACUCGCGGGUGUCACAUCGCUCGGAGAGACACAGACACCGUGUGAAACACAGCAGAGAAAUCAAGGAGACGAGCUGCAGUGGGGGCACUAUGUGCCAUGGUGAACGAGGUCAAAGCAGAAGCCGUAGUCGCAGCCGUGGAAGCAGCAGCGGAAGCGGCAGUCGCCACCGCCGUAGUAGCAGUAGCAGUAGCAGCAGCAGCAGCAGCAGCAGUGCGUCGGGUAGCUUCAUGAUUGCCCCACGCGCCAACGUCUGGAAGUUACCCAUCUCUGAGAGUGACACGGAUAACACCAACGGCGCUGCACGGGUUACUGGUGACAAAGGGGCUUCCGGUUGCUUGCUAAUUCAGGUACCGGAGAAGGAAAAUAUGCAUGCAGUGGUGGUUGUUCCGGCGGAGAGUACGGCGCCGUCCUCACGAGCGUCCCCGCGGCGAAGGUACGGCACAUUUUGUCCGGAGUGGCGCGUGCAGGAGGUGCGCGCCCGGGAGCCAUUGCAUGUGCCACUGCGGCCAAACUACGAGGUACGCGUGGAGUACUUUAACUGCCUUGGCGCCCGUGGUGACCAAUUCAGUGAUGUGAAGCUACGUGAGGACGAACUGCGGUCCCCGCUCUUUUUGCGGAGGCGCACAGCCCAACCCCCUGGUGCUCCGGGUGCGGGGACAUCGCAGUCCGAGGUGGAUUUAGCAAGUGCGAUGGGGAAAAAAUGGAAGUUGAGGGAUGACUCAUCAGCCUCGAGCUCGUCGACGAAUCCAAAUUUUGAGAUGUGCCUGAACUGGUACUGGAUUGACAUGGUGGGGCGCGACCCAUCCCGGCACAAAUACAAUAAUGCACUUCGUUUUCUCACCGAGCAGUUUAACAUUUGCGCGUCCUUCUUGACGGACAGGGAUCAUAGCAUUGUGCUGCCGCAGAUUUGCGUUUCGCCAGAGGUUCCCACGCAGUUUCUUAUUUGCCUGCGCGUUGCCACGCCACAGAUUGCUCUGGAUGCCGACAGCGUGAUGGAGCUCACCAACCGCUGGAUCAUUGUCGUGGACCUCAGCCAGAAGCUUGUCAUUACCAUCCACAGCGUGGACUGUGCAUGCAUCGCAAUUAUGCGGCGUCAGUGGAAUUCCCUGAUGAAGGGAAACGACAUAUCCUUUCAGGAGUUUCUUUUUAAGCUGCUUCACGAUGCGGUACACACAUAUGAGAGCUCACUGGACGUCCACGUGGAUCUUCUGGACCUGUGCGAAUCUAAGCUCUUCUACUUUGGGCACAGUAGCAUGCGCAAUGAGAAGCUCGAAGAAGAUAGUCGCCGGGGCAAACUUUCCAAUAGAAAAGUGCUUUCACACUUUUCGAAGAGUUCCCACUCCCCAUUCCUGUUGAAGCUACUUAAUGAGAAGAACACAAAGCCCAUGGACAAGGGCGCGAUGAACAUGUUUCUGUAUCACCUGCAUCGACGUACGAAUGUGCAAUAUCGCAUGCUCAGCAUUACGCAGGAGGUACUCGCGACGAGUUUUAUGAAGCUGCGCCUAUGUAGCAAGGAGCACGCCAAGCAGAUGUGUGUGAGCUGUAUUGAGCUCAUUGAUCGGGCGCUGGAGGUUCGUGACGAGGCCAAGACGCUGCUCAACCUGCACAUCUCUCUUCAGUCCUUCCGCGCAAAUGAGCUGAUGGCUGUACUGACAAAAUUUUCCGCUUUUUUUAUACCGUGUAGUUUUCUUGCUGGCGUGUACGGGAUGAACUUCCCGAAUGUGCCCGAGUUCAGGUGGGAGUACUCCUACUACUACUUCUGGACUGUGUGCUUCGGUCUUUGUUUUAUCAUCUACAUGUACUUGAAUGCGCAGGGGCUGCUGAAUUAG